AUGGGGAGAAAGUGUGCGGUAUUUCUACAACCUACAAAACGCAACGAUCUUCGGGAUAGCUUGUUAAGUCCUUGGGCUUUACUUAGCCAUUUACCUAUCCGGAUACGAUUCAAGCGUUGCUUCAGUGAUGUUGCUGAAUCGUGUUGUGAGCCCGGGGGUAUCGUCCUUUUUGCCUUGAUUAAGGACAUGGAUAGCUUUGACAUUAAACUUGGAUUGGCCAUGGCUUUGUUUGGGUCGCACACAGUCGAACGCCGGAUUAAUAACGCUUUGGAUUUCGACCGAUUCGAUCCGCGUUCACCAGUUUUCUAG